AUUUGGCUGAGCGCAGAGCUCCGGCAGGGAGGCAGUUAAAAUCCGGGCGAGAUCUGGAAAAUUAUCGAAAGGCAUGUCUGAGAGUUGUACGUCUGACGUUUGCAUUUUAGUUGAACGAGACUGGGCACGCAAAUCCUGAACUCCCAUGAGCGGGGGAGCGAGGCGCCGGGGGCUGAUGGUAUCGCCGGGGGCGCAUCUCGCACGUCAUGCCGCCGCAAGCCUCGCACCCUGUGCCAUGCUGACCGGCGCCCCGAGGCUGCUGCUGCUGCUGCUGACCCUGACAGCCACUGCCCUGAUCUCCCAGCGCUCUUACGCCUGGAACGACGAGGACACCUUAUUGACUCCGAUCAACUCCACCGAAAGCCUCCUGGAGAGCCUCCAGGUGGACGUGAGAUUCUCUAAGAGGUCCGUGCACGAAAGCGCACCGUCCACCGGGGCUUCGCCCCAGCCUCCGUGCAAUGUUAGCGUGCAAAGGCUCCGGCCCACGUCCCUCAUUGCACGCUGGGACAGGCGCGUCGGCUUCCAAUGCGACGUGCACAUCCAUACCACGAACCGCGGCAGGGCUUUCUUCUGCGCCGCUUUCAGCUGGGUCGCCUCACCUGUCGUUAUCGAGCACCUGGCCAUUUCAGGCGGACAGCAGGAGUUCCGCCUGUGCGUCGGAUGCGGCCUCUCCCGUAACAGGAGGCUUGGGCAAGGCAGAUCGCAUACGGGGGACCCGCUGGGCUUUUGCUGCGUUGACUUUGCCUUGGACGAGCUCAAUAGGGAUAACAGCUGGAGGCUGAACCGCAAACCCAUCGAGUCUACACUGGUGGCCUGUUUCAUGACACUGGUGAUUAUUGUGUGGAGCGUUGCUGCCCUCAUAUGGCCGGUGCCCAUCAUUGCAGGAUUCCUGCCUAAUGGGAUGGAGCAGCGGAGACCGAGAUAAGAUUUCAUUUCAUUUCAAUCAAUACUAUUGCUAUAUGUAGUAAAUAUUACUAUAUAUAGACAAGUAAUUGUCGACUUAUAGACAUGUAGUUAAAACCUACAGUGUUUUAUGUGCGAUACUCCUAAAACAGCGCAAAUUCCAGUCUUUCAGUUCUCUUACUUGUUGCCAGUAUGUUGCUUAGUUUGUCGGUUUAAGAACAUUUUGAUUUAAAAACACAUAUAUAUUCGAAAUGUUUUACACCGUUCGUUGUUCCACUGUUUUAUUUAUAAGGUCACGUGUAGCCUUGCUGAAAAUCUGAAAAUCAAAGUAAUAGGUAAGAAAACGCAACAAUAGGUAUAUAUGUUUAUUCAGCAACAACAGCUUCGGUAUUUCUGCUGAUCAACAAAAAGCCACGUUAGCCUAAUUCAAAACAUUUUUUUUAAAUUUAUGUUUCUCUCAUGUGUAACCAUUAACUGAAUAAAUCUCACGCAGAUUUUU